AUGAUUAAAAAUGAGGUGACAACAACAGAAAACCCCAUCAAUUUGCUGAUCAAUGAGGAGUUUAAGGCAAAAGAUCGACCAUUUUCUAAUAAAGCUGAGAAUCCAGGCCCAGGAGUCCAGGAAAAUCAGAAGAUUUCAACUUAUUUAGGCAAUAAUUCAACUGUCAAACCUGGAGAAAAGAAAAUUGAACAAAAAACAGCUCUGGAUGAGAUCUUGAGAGUUCAGCCACCUCGACAAUUCCAAUCGCCAGCUGAUGAAGUUGAGAAAUCCAAGGAAAAGCUGAAAGAGCAAUUGGAGAAAUAUGUCCUAGCUUUGAAAAAGGUGCAAGAGGACUCAGAAUCUGAUGAAAGUGAAGAACAGCUCGUUGAAGAACAGCUCGUUGAAGAACCGCUCGUUGAAGAACAGCUCGUUGAAGAACAGCUCGUUGAAGAACAGCUCGUUGAAGAACAGCUCGUUGAAGAACAGCUCGUUGAAGAACAGCUCGUUGAAGAACAGCUCGUUGAAGAACAGCUCGAAAACUCAAGAAAUCCUAGAUUGCGAUCAAAAGGCUAUCAUAGACGACAUAUUCAUGUGAAAGUGAUCGAUAUCAGUGAUGAGAGUCCGACAAAAAGGAGG